AGUGGCUAAAUGUGUAAACCUGGUUAACUUGUUCUCUGGCUGCUGUUGCGGUCACUUUCCUCGCUGCUAUGGGACCUCACGGGAACGACAACACGCCUUGAGUCUGUAAACUGUCGCGUCAACAUAAAUAAUCUUUUUUUUUAAUUAUUGUUUUUCUGGCGUGGACAUCACCUCUGCCUGGAGGAAAUACAACUGGCUCGUGUGCCUUUCCCGGAGAUCCAGCGUCUGUCUGUAGCGGCAGAAGGGGAUGGAUCCUCUGGGUGCUCGCUCCCAGUUCGUGGACGUCCAGUCUCUCCCCACGUGGCAGCAGCAGCUGGGUGAGGAUGGUGAAAAGACGCCGCUGGACCAGAGCGACAGCUUGCUCGGACAGCAGGCCUUCCCCUCGCCUUUCCCUUUCAGACCAGACAUCAACUGCAAGAUCAUCCUCUUCUCUGGUGACGUGGCCCUGCUGAACUGCACCUCCAUCGUGAACACCAGCAAUGAGUCACUAAACGACAAGAACCCGGUGUCCGACUACAUUCAUCAGCUGGCAGGGCCUGACCUGCGCGACGAGCUGCUCAAACUUAAAGGAUGUCGGACAGGGGAGGCGAAGUUGACCAAAGGCUUCAACCUGGCAGCGAGGUUCAUCAUCCACACAGUGGGACCAAAAUACAAAGCAAAGUACCGGACGGCAGCGGAGAGUUCACUGUACAGCUGCUAUAGGAACAUCAUGCAGCUAGCUGCAGAGCAGUCGAUGGCGUCUGUCGGCUUCUGUGUGGUGAGCACGACCAAAAGAGGUUACCCACUGGAGGACGCUACACACAUCGCUCUCAGAACAGUGCGCAGGUUUCUGGAGAAUCAUGGCAACAGUGUAGAAGCAGUGGUGUUCACUGUGACAGACACAGAGGAGCCCGUGUACAAGAGGUUACUGCCUCUGUACUACCCUCGCUCUGAGGAAGAAGAGAGGGCCUGCCUGCCUCUCAUCCCAGCUGACAUCGGCAACUCCGAGGGUGAGCCUGUCGUCCCAGAGAGACAGAUCCGCAUCGCAGAGAAACCAGGCACCCUGGAAGAUGAUUCUGAAGAGGAGAGCCUGGAGUCAGACCUGGGUCAGGUAGGGAAUCACGCCUUCGCUCGGAUGGAGGGUGACGUGGACAAACAGCGGAAACAGAUCCUGCAGGGCCAGAUGUCGGAGGCAGCCAUGCAGAAACAACACCAGAGGAAUUACAAUCGCUGGCUGUGUCGGGCUAGAGCAGAGGAUCUGUCAGACGUCGCUGCACUGAAAGCCUUAUAUCAAACUGGUGUGGACAUGUGUGGCAGGACAGUGAUGGUACUGGUGGGACGAAACAUCCCAGUGACGCUUAUCGACCUGGAAAAGGCCCUGCUCUACUUCAUCCAUGUAAUGGACCACAUCACAGCGAAGGAGUAUGUGAUGGUUUACUUCCACACACUGACAGGCGAGCACAACCACCUGGACUCGGACUUCCUCAAGAACCUCUACGACAUUGUUGACACCAAGUUUAAAAAGAAUUUAAAGGCCUUCUACUUUGUACAUCCCACAUUUCGCUCCAAGGUCUCAACAUGGUUCUUCACCACCUUUAGUGUAUCGGGGAUGAAGGAAAAGGUUCGCUACUUGGACAACCUGCAUCAGCUCUUCACCUGCAUCAAGCCUGAGCAGAUUGACAUCCCUCCGUUUGUUCUAGAGUAUGACGCACGGGUGAAUGGGCCCUACCAUCCCUCCCAGUCUUCUGGUCUGUGACAGGAGACCGAUCGGACCUCCAUGCUGGGGAUGACGAGCUGGUGUCAGCCUGUCAAAAUGUUGGCCAUUUAUGGACGUCUUGUUGCCCAUGCGGUCUGAACUCCUAACCUCGUCUUAAGGCUGUGAACCUUAGUGGAGGGAAACUCUCCUUACGUUCUGUCUCUGCCAAAAGGACAAAAUUAACAGUCACAGCCCACAUUCAGCAGCGUGUGGCCUGGAGAGCGGUCGUUGUUACUCACCACAGACUAUUUGUGGAUCUGGUAUGGUUUCUGGCUUAUGCCUUACGCCAAGAGUUCCUAUUCAGCAAUUUCGUCAAACAUCUCUAAAUAAUGAGAUGUAUCGUGUCAAGCCUGACAGUCGCUCAAAGGCUUUUCCGGGGUGUGGUCAUAUCAAACGUUCUCACCCACGUCUCAGAUCGUUGUCAGACUUUUCAAAUGCUGGACUGAGACGGAUGAUUACGUCUGUCUGGAUUUCCACACUGUUUCAUUCUGUACCAGACCACGCUGGACGGCAGAGACUAUGGGUGAGGGUGGAAGUUGGAAAUUCCCACCUGGUACACUGUCAUAACCUCUUCAUCAUCUCCGCAAUCGGAAAUCCCUGGGGGAGAAGAAUGAUGGCCUAGAUAUUCCAAAACACUGCUCCUAGUGCAACUGUUAAUGUCACUUUAUGUUGGCUCGCUAGGUAACUUUAUAUCACACUUUGGAGAAUCACACCUUUUUGCCAUGAGUUAGAUGAGCCAAUACACCGCUCUCACAUUUAUAUGCUAAAUAUGAAACUACAGCUGGGAAACAGUUGGUCUAGCAUAAAGACAGGAAGUCCCUGUAAAACCACAACUUGCAUAGCAUGUCAGUUUGAGCUGUAACAGUGCUGGUAGACGAGCUUCAGCUUCAUGUUAAACACACAGACGUGUCUGUCUAACUCAUGGCAGGAGAGCAUUUUUUCCAAAAUGCUUAAUAUUCCUUUGAGCUUUAAAUCUACACAGUGUGUUUGCGUGGGUUUAAGGUGAAACGGACUGUUGACGUACUCCUGCUCAGCAUUAACGAUGUAACAUGACGUCAGAUAUCUGCAUCACAAAAAUCCCACCCACUCGCUUUUCUGUUUCUUUGCAGGAAGUUUCGAGUAGUGAGUAAUUUCUCACUUUAUAGUUUGUCUGUAGGGCAGCAGGGUAUAUAUGUGCUUCUACCAGCCUUGUGAGUUUUUUGUCACGAACCUUGUUAAAAGUAGCACAGAGACAAUUAAUCACUUAAUCUGCAACAACUUUUUUUUUUCUCCAGUUGAUUGAUAAUUUGAGUUAUUCGUUUAUCAAAGUAUGCCAAACAUUAACAAUUUUAAUUUUCUCAAAUGUGAGAAUUAAUACUUUUUAGUUUUAAAUCUUUGGUUGCACAAAAACAAACAAAUAUCGCUUGGACCUUGAUAUAUUAAACAAUUAAUUAUUUGAUAACAAUUAUUGUAGGAUCACAAACAAUAUUCUCCCUCUGUACUAACUGUCUUGUGUAUUUUGCUGUAUUGUAUUUUGUUUCUGGUCUGUUUUUUUCUGCUCGGUCUUCUCUGAUAUUCACUCUUUGUUUAAACCACUGAUGUUGCACUCAUGGCUUUGUUCUUAAGGGCUCACGUGCCAGGAAGGAUGAAAAUUCGCGUGAUGGUGAAAAGUAGAAUUAUCAAAUUGUUCUUUUCCCCUCGCCUCAGUUGUUUAAAUGAGUUUAUGUUUUCCAGUCUCACUAAUUUUAUUUGCACAGUUAGCUCUGUUUUGCUUGGUGUUUUCACAAAAGUAGUUUAAAUCGAACUUGGACUACCAGACUGGAGGAUGUCCCCCAUCAGGGCACCUGCAAAUCAGAUGUAUUGAACUAAACUUUGAAAACAAUCCUGUCCUCGUCUUUCAAGCAAUCAUUAUGUAGCAAACACCAACUCCACCUGCCUGGUACUCACACAAGAGGUAACACUAUUCUGUUUUUCACUGUCUGUCACUGUUUGGAGGGAUUUUACCUGCAUGUUGUUCUGUCUUCACCUGGCCCCGCCUGCUGUGUUUCCACAUGCUGUCCAAACGUCAGGAAUCUGCACAUCUUUAAAUCAUUUCAGCUCUCACAGCUCUUCAUGCUAAAGCUCUCAGACUUAGAUACACUCACUUUAAACAGCGAUUCAGAACGCCUUACACAGAAACAUGUCCACACCGUCAGACAAGUCACGUGACAUCAGAGUUCAGCUUAAAUUGUAACGUUGUUGGAUUUUGUAGAUGGAGAUGUGACAUAAAAUCUUAUAUGCAUUUUAUUUUUAUUUUUUGAAAAGCAUCUAGCAGAGUGAGAUUCAAAGUACAAUCACACCAAAAGCUAGUGAAUUCCCUCACUUUAUGCUUUUACAAAAAUAAAAAUGUAAACACUGAAUAUAACAAGUUGUCAAAAAUGUAACCACCAUGAUAAAUACUCAUUUUCCCUUCAGUCGCCUCCAUUAUGAAGAAACAAGCAGAAAAAGGGCUUCACAUCAGUGAAGUCUUGUCAGAACUGUGAUUAUGUCAGAAUGUAUAUAAAUGAUGAGCCAAAUUAUGACUCCCUGAAAUGUAUAUUAUCUUUUUUUUUUUUUUUUUUAUGAUUUCAAAGUGAUGAACAGGGGUUGGCUGUUAACAACCGCUGAGUUUUACAAGAAGUGACUUGAUUGGUGUUGACACUUCCUGUACUGUUGGUUUCUUGAAUUAUUAUUUUUAUACACACUGAUUAAAAUGAUUUUCCUCUGUAAAA